ACUUUAGUUUAGUAUCGCGCCGGACGUUGGUCAAACUCUUUGUACUUGUGCGCUUAAUGAAUGUUACUCAAAUAUUAAUUUUUGUUACUAAUAAAAAUUAAAUAAUUAAUUAAUUAAUUAAUUUUACUGAGAAUUUCAAGCGGGUUGCUGGGAAAAAUUUGUGCUCCAAAAUAUUAAUUUUGAAAUUAUUUUUACGGUGAUAUUCACCUGCCUCUAAACAGGUUAAAUUCCAGGUAACAGGACAAGCGUCGCCAUGGGUUACGUCCGCUGUGCCGUGGAAAUUUUUUAGUGUUUACUGUUUUUUAUUUUUGGUUUGUUUGUGAUUUUUGGUGGGUGAGUUUUUAAGCGUCAAAGUUUACAGGAUUAUGCGGGGGAUGUUUGCAAUUAAGGGCUGCUCGUGAAUUUAUGGAGUAAUCCAAAGGACGCUGAAAUGACACACAGAAGUAAUGCCAACUUAACAAUAUGGACUGGCAUACUAUUGCUGCUAUCAGCAACAAAGUCCCAAUCCGAAACAACAGUGUCGAUAGCACCCGAAGGUACCCGAGCGACGACAACAAAGGAUUAUAAAUCAUCAUCACCAGGAAACAGCACAACAAUCUUACGUAAAACAUUAGCUGAUCAAGAAGUCGACGUGCUUGCGCAUUUGCCAGCCUUGAAAAAUGAUAGAGAACGUGAAACACCUUUCUAUUCCAAGCUCACUACCGAGCCCAGUGUCGAUCCACGUGACACACAACUCAGCCAAAGAAAACUCAACUAUAAGGAGAAGCAUUCAGCUCUAAUAAGCAACAACCAUGACACGAACAUUAGCAGUAAUAAAACGACAAAGUUGCUAAAAAUUGACCUGCUGAAGACUGAUAAAGCUAGUAGCUCCGAUAAUCAAUCAAAGAAGCACUUUUUUGAGCAGCUUAUUGCGCCCAAUGGCCACAAAAUCGUUGAGUUGAACGGCCACGAAUUGGCAGAGUUUAAUCUUGAAGGAAACGAGAGCGAGGAAGCCGAUUUUGAUGAGUCAGAAUCUAGAGAGGCAACCACACCUAAGAUCGGCGUGAUUUCGCUAGCCAAUGACACCCAAGUGAAUUUCAAGAGCCGCAAAAAAGAAAUCCACGAAGACGCGGUUUUGAUCAAGAGACACAAGUUGAUCAAAAAUCCGGUGGAGAAACUCAAGACUUUCGAUAAAUUCGACCAAAUUGAGGGUCUAAAUGCUUCUGCGGCGUUGGGGUCCAAUAUUGGCGAGCCAGAGCGAAUUCAAGAGCAGAAAUUGCCCUCAGAGUUAAUAGAACCGGAGAUUGGAGAUAACAAGACGGAAAAAGUUGAGAGUAACGGCAAGAGUGAACAUUUUGGAGAAAGUGAAGAUGAGGAAAGUGAAAAUGACAAUGAAGAAAGCUUGGAGAAGAGUGAGGACCUGGGUGAAGAAGAAAAAGACACAGAAGGCAAAGUGAACGGAAAUGGUGAUGGUUUGGAGAGAAUCGUUGAAGAAAAAGAACCGAGUAGCAACGAAAAAGACUUAACUCCAAAAGCCCGGACGAUUUCAUUCGGCGGUGGCAAUCGGUUCAGUAGUACAGAAGAGAAAGCUACUGGGUUUGCUAAAGAAAACGGUGAUGUCAAUUUAACAAAAGACUUUAAACCGUAUCCGUAUUUUAAGACACCUACUGUUGUGGUUAAUAUAAAUGCAAGUGAGAAUAUUGAUGUUAAUGUUAAUGCGAUUGAGAAAAAAAAAUCCGGUGUUUUUAACAAAGAAACCGACGAAAUUUACACCUACGAAAAUACGAUAAACAAAAGCAAAGAUGAGAAGAAUUAUUUGGUAACCGAGUCGUCGGUGGUUAUUGACAAUAGCAUUCAGACUAAGCCGGUUAAUUUAAAGCGGUCGAGUAAUGCCACUAAAUUAUUGACCGAUUCGUCAAUAUUGUCGCCGUCCUCCUCCUCUUUGUCGUCUGUUACGGUCAAAUCAAUUGCUGAACCAGUUAACAAUACGCAUGUUGAUGUUAGUGAUAAUGACAGUCUUAAUCUUAAUCUUAGCGAAAAUUUGAAGAUAAAAGACAAUGUUAAUGACAUUCCGCGUAAUCCUGAGGAAGUAGUAGAACGUAAAGGCACUGUUGAUCUGGCCAGUAACGGUCUUACUGGUGAGAACAUUGAAAAAAACUCAACGGACAGGGAAUUGGUGACGAGUGAAAGGCCAAUUAUUGAGGCAAACAUCAAUCAAAGCGGCGUUGAAACGCAAUUAACUGAUGAAAUUCCUCGGGUUAAUAUUACGGAAUUAAAUGAAACUGCGACGAUGAGUCCAACAACAACUUUGACAACUUUGACAACUUUAACAACAACAACUCCGAUAAUGACAUCUACAACAACAACAAGUUAUGAAAAACCCGUGGAAACAAUGAAUUUAAACUCAUCUUCCAUAAAGCCCCUGGGCGUUCAAUUAAUUUCAACUUCUCCGGCAGCGACGAGCUCUGACGUCGAUGAGGAGGAGGUAACAACUUCCGGCGUCACGGCAAAUAAAUUGGAAAUAACGAGUAGUCCUAUAACGGAGGAAACAACUUUAUCACCGGAGAAUAUGACAUCUCCUGAAAACUUUUCGAAGACACUGACGUUUAAUUCCACGGUUAGUUCUAUUGAUUUUCCAGAAAUUACAACCGCUGCAGUGGAAUACGAAUUUGUGGGGCUUAAUGAAUCUACUUCGGCGCCUUUUGAUACCACCAGUGGCAAUGCUGAUGGUGAUAGAAAUGUUUCGACAACUUUGGCCCCCAAAUUGUCCAGUGUCUCUUCCGAAAGCCCUGACGAGGAAAUUACGACCAUUGAAACUGUUACGGGAAAUGAAUUGCUGACGACUACAGAGACUAAUAAUAAUCUGACGGACACUACUGCUAGUUACAUAACUACUGCUAAAGAUGCUGAUGAAACAACGAUUAGUUCGGAGGUUGAAGCUACGACCGUUGAAGUUACGAAAGAAAUUAACGGCAAUGAAACUAAUGAUCUGUCGUCGACGGAAUCCAUACCAAUUUCUGAAGUAAUUAGCAGUAGUGGGGCUAGUAGUAGCAGUAUUGUCACGACGAAUUCAGUGGAAACGACAGCGGAUGAAUUGAACACUACGCCGUCGGUAACGCCGACGUUCAACCCAUUGAACGUGACAAGUUCAACGGAAUCAAAUAUUGAUGAGAUGACGAGCAAAAUAGAGAGUAGCACUGUUGCCACGAGUGUUGAAGAUGAUGUUACUGAAAGCACUGUCAGAGUUGUCACUGAGGAUGACGUUCAACGGUUCACUCCUGGGGAUGUCACGUUGCUUGUUAGGAUUGUUGUUGAGGGCACUUGGACUGAUAUUUGUCCACAUUUGUCUGCACUCAAACAGUCACUGGCUAAUUUGCUCGCCACGGGAAUGGAUAAAAAUGUGUCGGCAAAUCAAAUUAUUUUCCAAAAGAACCCCUGCGAUGAAGUCGUAGGGAAAAACAUGGGGAUGGAAUUGAUUUUGUCGACGAUUAUCCUGUACGUGAUUGAUGAGAACGGAAACUUUGAUGCGGCUAUGACGCAAAAUUUGCCGAAUUUGUACAACCAGGCGCCCUUCGAAUCACAUCUGACGAUUCGUAGUUUUCAAUUAGUGCAAGACGGAGAUUCUGGAAAUGCCAUUGCCGUAAUAGUGGUUUCCUGUGUGGCUUUUGUGUGCCUGGUUCUUUUAGCCAGCUUACUCUUUAUCAUGAGAAAACGUCAAACGAGAUUCAAUUACGGCGAAAGAUGUCGCCCGGUCUCUUUAGACGCUUACAGUUUGGACAGCGUUUCAGCUUAUAAUAGUAUCAGGCGCAAGGGAGCAAGAGCUUCUAAACGUAGUUAUGGAAACCCGACUUUUGAAGACUCUACGGUGAUUCCCUCACAUCCAUUAAAUUUUGCCGUACUCUCGGUAUUCUGUAAUGAACAAAAUGCAAUAUACGAGGAGUUCACAAGCAUACCGCAGGUUUCAGCACGUAUAGAUGAGUUACCACCCGGUGCGGAAGUUAAAAAUAGAUACGCAAAUGUAGUCCCUCUACCGGAGACACGUGUGUCACUCAUGAAGAGCAACAAUGAUCCUCUGAGUGAAUACAUAAAUGCGAGUUACGUCCGUGGUCCCAAAAACGCUACCAAGUACUACAUUGCGUGCCAGGCGCCGAUCGAGUCCACGGUCACUGAUUUUUGGCGAAUGAUUUGGGAGCAGCAGUCCAAGGUGAUAAUAAUGCUGACGGAUCUCAUCGAGAACGGGGUGGAAAAAUGUUCCGAGUAUAUUCCGCCCUCAGAAGUUACCGAUUGCCAUCGUCUUUACGGGGACUAUCAAGUGACGUUGAAAAAACGCGAGACCAAAGAGAAAUACGCUAUUUCCACGAUACACUUGAAGAAUUUGGAGAACAAUACUUAUCGGGAAGUAUUCCACAUUUGGUAUUUAUGGCCCGCGAAUGGCGUACAAACAGAUGCGGCUGGACUGAUAGCAAUUCUGCUAGAAGCACGGGCUUUGCAAAGAGGCGGUCCUGGACCUAUUGUUGUGCAUUGCAGUCCGGGAACCGGCAGAACUGGAACUCUCAUUGCUCUAGAUUUGGGUAUCAGGCAGUACGAAAUAACGAGAACUGUCGAUGUCCCCCGCGUUGUUUAUACAAUACGUCGGGAUCGAGCUGGCGCUGUGCAAACUAAAGAACAAUACGCUUUUAUUUACAAGGCAUUGAAUUUAUACGCCACAAAACUAGCAGGAGGAGGUUUAGAAUCAACUUGAUGACAACAGCAAUUUUAUUUUAUAAAAUAAACAUCGAAGAGUUUUAUUUUAUAAAAAAUAAUCUACCUGCGCCAAGAAACCACGAUCUAAGUCAAUAAGUUAUUAAUAAUCAAUCAAUUAUUAAAUAUAUAAAAGUGAUUAAUAUUGUUAUUAUUAAUUUAUUAAUAACAAUAAUUAAUAAAAAUCCAUUCUAUCGGUUAUAAACCAACACUAUUUAUAUGAUAAGGUACUCACAGGUAAUUACGUCUAAAUAAAAGAUAUUAUUAAUUAAAAGAAAACAAAUUAAUUCAACAAAA